ACGUCAGGCGCCGCGGUUGGGCGCAGCCGCCGCCCGUCACGCAGCGGCGCCGCCUCCAGCCCCGCGGUGGCCCGGCCGCGGGGGACGCGCGACACCGGCCGCGGGCGGCCCGGGCGGGCUCGGCGGCGGCGCUCAGUGAGCCCGUGGGACAGCUCACAUCAUGGUCGACUACUACGAAGCGCUGGGUGUGAGCCGCAAUGCCACGGCUGAGGACAUCAAGAAGGCGUACAGGAAGGCUGCACUGAAAUGGCACCCAGAUAAAAACCCAGACAACAAGGAGUAUGCUGAGCAGAGGUUCAAGGAGAUCGCCGAGGCGUACGAAGUGCUGUCGGACAAGCAGAAGCGCGAUGUGUAUGACCGCUAUGGCAAGGAUGGACUCAUGGGAGCAGCAGGACCAGGAGGCUCCAGGGCCAGUGCUGGGGCCCCCGAAUUCACCUUCACGUUCCGCAGCGCUCACGACGUUUUCCGGGAGUUCUUUGGUGGACGAGACCCCUUUGCUGAAUUCUUUGAUGACAUGAUGCCCUUCUCUGAGCUGCGCGGACCUGGCCCCCGGCACCAUGGGGGAGGCCACUUCUUUUCCCCCUUCCCAGGAUCCUCAGAUUUCUUCGCCUCAUCCUUCAGCUCGGGUGCAGAUGCAGGACUGGGCUUCCGCUCUGUUUCCACCUCCACCACGUUUGUUAACGGCAGGCGUAUAACCACCAAGAGGAUUAUUGAGAACGGGCGGGAGCGGGUGGAAGUGGAGGAGGAUGGGGAGCUGAAGUCGAUCCACAUUGAUGGUGUUCCUGAUGACAUGGCGCUGGGGCUGGAGCUGAGCCGGCGGGAGCAGCAAGCCAUCUCCAGGCCACGGCCCCCCUCACCACCAGCACCAGCCCCACAGCAGACCUCGAGCUCCUCACCUGUCUGCCUCUACACGGAUAGCGAGGAUGAGGAUGAGGACUUGCAGCUGGCCAUGGCCUACAGCCUCUCUGAGAUGGAAGCUGCGGGGCACCACCAAGCAGGUGGGCACAGCCCCGGCUCCCUGUCAGCACCGGGGGGCAGCCACAGCAGCCCGUCCUCCACCCGCAGAGCCCGUGGUGCCCGGGGGAGGCUGGAGCAGGAGCCACUGGGGGCCAGCAGUUCUGCUACAGAGGGGCGUGAACCUGCCCCCAAAGUGAAACUGUGGCACUGCCCCCUGCUCUGAGCGUGGGGCAGGGAGAGGAAAGCAGGGGUGGAGUCUCACUGCUUGGAACUCAGCUCCUGCCUCCCCUAGCAAGGGAGGGGGUCUCUUCUACCCUGCCUCCUUGCUCAGGUGAGUGGAUGGCUAGUGGCAUCCCAGUGUUGGAGGCUCCCAGACUUGGAGGUAGUGGCUUGAAGAGGAGCCCCCUUGAUGGGGUCCCGAGGGGCAGCUCCCUGCCCUGGAUCUUGGAAGCGUGAGGGGCCUACAGGCAGGCAUACUCUGACUGUGCCUGCCCCUCUCUCCCUGCCAGCCCUGCAGGUGGGCAGGGUCUCCAACAGGUGCCUCCCUGGCUGCAGCCUGCCCCUGCCCAGGCUGCUGGGAGUGCUGAGUUGAGCUUCCCUCCUUGCAAGGAGGGCUGUGCACAUAGCCUUUGCUUGGUGCCUUGUCUCUUCCCCCUGGAUGCUGUUGUUCCUGCCUGUACUCCCUCCUUCUGUGUCUCUUUGCAGACUCUGCCUGGUCAGUCCCUUCCUGUAUGCCUUGCACCCCCUCCAGGACACUAUCCCUCCUUGCUUCCCACUGCAGCAGUCACCCUCCAUGAUAUUCACAAGUGUUUCUGCCCUCUCCAUUGCCCAUAGUUCUGCCUUGGCUGUCU